AUGGAGAGCUGGGCGACCUGGGUGGGGACCAGCGUCACCUCCGCCUUCUUCGCCUCCCUCGAGCGCUGCUCCUGCAUCAACCUCUCCACCGACGACGACGACGACGACGACCGCGACCACGAGGAGGCCAAGGACCGCCCCCUCAUGCUCGCCGCCGCCCCCCGCCACGACGACGUCGCCAGGCCCGAUCCCGACUCCUCCCUCCCCGUCGUCGCCGCCGCCGCCGCCAAGGACCAGGUUCUGGGCGACCAGAAGCAAGAGUACCCGCCCCUGCCGCCCGUAUGA